AUGAAUUCGAUGUACCAAUGGUACGAGCGAGCGGAUGUCUGCUACGUCUACUUGGUCGAUCUAUUUCGGCAUUACCUGGACGAUACUUCCAGACCGGAAGAUUUCGGUCGGAGUAGGUGGUUUAGUAGAGGAUGGACCCUCCAAGAGCUUUUGGCUCCGCCAGCUGUCGUGCUCUGUGACUGUGAGUGGAGGGAGCCUAAAAGUGCAGGCGUAGCAGCUAAAACGUCAUGGGCUUUCCAGAGGGAUACAGCAAGAGCGGAAGAUAUUGCGUACUGCCUGAUGGGCAUCUUUGAUGUGAACAUGCCACUGCUUUACAGGGAAGGGGAUCGCGCAUUCUUAAGACUUCAGCAUGAGAUUCUCAGAGCGUCGAAAGACAAAUCCCUCUUUGCCUGGGGGGGAGGUGCGGCAAUUGAUGAGUUUCUCGGCAUGUCGGAAGACGAAUCCCUCUUUGCCUACGGGAAUGCAACUCUUGCUUCUCGUCACACUGGAACAUUAGCACCGUCACCCGGUGCGUUCAGAGAAGCCGGGGAUCUCAUCCCGGUCAAGCAACCUACCCUGGCUAACGCCCAAUCCCUCUACCAUGAUCUCGUGCACCCAGACGCCUCAACAAAGCCACCCACUCUCUCCCACAUGGCCGCUCUCGCGGCCAGAAACGCCCACCCCUCCAUCCUCUCGUUCUGCUUCUCCGAGGGUCUCACACUCAACCCCGAGCUCGUGAACGAUCCGUUGAUCUACGCGACCUGCGAUUCGGGCUCCGUUGCCGUCUUCCGCGUCCUUGUUGACCACGGCAUGGACGUCGAUCGGUACCUCGAACUGGGCGGAUCACCGCUCGUGUCGGCGUGUCAGGCCGGCAACGUGGAACUCGCGAGGUUCCUCUUGGAUCGAGGAGCCGACCCCAAUAACGGAUACGCUCUUGGUGACUACGAGGCAUUAGUCCGGGCCAUCGUGGGCUCGAACGCGUCGCUGGAUCUGGUGGAGUUGUUGCUGGCGCGAGGCACUGUGGUGAAGGGGACCGGGGCCUUGAUCGCGGCGGCCGAGCAUGGGAAUCUCGGGGCGGUCAGACUUUUGCUGAAGCACGGAAAAAGGACUGGGGACUUGGAUCUGGAGGAGACGGAGGAGUAUGGGGCCUAUGAUCAGAGGAAGCUGGACGGCGUUGUAUAA